AGGUGUGUGUUGACUAGGUUACACAGAAUCAGCAGUUGGACACAGACUGUGUGAAGAUGAAUCUUGAGGAGUGAAGGAGAACUAACCCAGAAUGUUCUCGAUACGAAUUGUAACGACAGAUCACUACCAAGGGUCCCCCAUACCAGGACUUGAUGUCCAGUAUACUGACUUCAGGGCCUCUGUUGUCAAGAAAGUUCCUGUGAUUAGAGUGUAUGGGUCAACAGCUCAAGGUCAGAAGACAUGCAUGCAUGUACACGGAGUGUUUCCAUACCUGUAUGUGCCUUAUGAUGGGACGCAGCCGUGGGACCGAUACUUACGACUGUUUGCCAACAGUUUAGAUAAAGCCAUUAACGUAGCCCAGGGCAACGCAUCCUCAGAAAUACAACACGUGUACAAAAUCACUCUAGUGUCUGGAAUCCCUAUGUACGGGUAUCAUGAAAGAGAACAACAGUUUCUGAAGAUUUACUUCUACAACCCCAACAUCAUUAGGAGGGCUGCAGAUUUAUUACUAGGGGGAGCUGUGUUAAACAAAGGAUUUCAACCCCACGAGUCACAUAUACCUUACACAUUACAAAUGUUUAUUGACUACAAUCUUUAUGGAAUGAACAUGCUGAAUGUGGCGGCCAUCAAAUUCAGGAGAAGGAACCAGGAUGAAAAUGCAAAUCCUGAAGUUUGUGUUGAGAACCGUCGGUCUGACAUGUCCUCCCCUACAUCACCUAAUGUAUCGCUCCAGGACUGGCUCACUAAUGCCUCCUUGCAGUCCCAGCCAAUCUGGAACCAGGACACAAUCACAAGUGACCUAUACUUGGGGAAUGAGGUCGUCAGACAGAGUACAUGUGAACUUGAGGUAGACGUGGUGGCAGCUGACAUCAUUAAUAGACUGGAAGUGGAUGCUAAUGUUGGAAACAAUCCUGGCCUCGCUGCUCUGUGGGAAGAUGAAAGACAGAGGAAACGGAACCAGGGUCAGUCAUCCCAGAUUACUCCCCCUGCUUCACAGGAUCGUGGGUCAGUGGAGAUCAGUGAAAGUGACCAGGCUCUUUCUGACCGCUUCAGAGAAAUUGUUCUAUCUCAACUUCCUUAUGUUGACAGCCAACCAGAUUCCAUGUCUGAAUCCUCCCAGGAGGAAGUUCCUCCCACUCAAUCUGCCUCCAGUGUGGACUUCCAUUCCUCCCAACAGGAAGAUGACUUUGAGGCAUCACAGAGCACUAUUAUACUGGGAGAGGAGGAGGACGAAGGGAAAACAGCCAUUGUAAACAUGGACUCCAUACAGAGAGUAGUGUCCAUGAGCCAGAGCUUCUCAGCUACACCGCUGUCACAGCAAUCAGAUGAGCCCCAGGAUAGAUCUUUAGCAGCUUUACUGGCUUCUCUAGCAGAGGACAGUUCUCCCCCGGCCUCUCAGGCUGCCGCUGGUCAGGUGACUAUCCUUGAGGAGAAGGACAGUAUCCUGCUGGAGGCCCCUGUCGUCCCCGACGACGAGACAGUGGAGAGAGAUGAAGCCGAGACGCUGGAGAUGUCACAGAUUGUCUGGGAGGAUGGGAGUCAAGGCAACGAAGGGAAGGAAAGUAAAGGGGAGGAGUUAAACUUUGACCUGGAAGGACUUGACACGACAUGGAAUGACUCCCAGGCUGUUGCCAUUAGUGACGAGGAGGAGGAUCUAAAGAUUCCCCAGUAUGAUGGUGCCAAUGAUGAGAAACCACCCACAGCAAAAAAAAGUAAGAAGAAGAGACUAGGAGCUACAGGUCCAGUAAUAGGGUUUGACAAAUCCUCAGCUCAAAGGCAGGCUCAGCAGAACACCGCCUUUGUUCCUGGUUACAACAACCCGACCCAAAAUAUGUGUGGACCUAACGACAAUCAGUUCUCCAAUGGCAACCAGUACCCCUACCAAGGUCAAGGUUAUGGCAUGGAGUAUGGGAAUUAUAACUACAACAAUAUGUGGAAUCAACAGGCUCCUUAUAGUGGUAAUCCAGGUUAUGGAGUACAGGGCUGGGAUCAGCAGAUGAACUGGAACAUGAUGAACUCCCCUAAUGGGAAUACUCAGCAAUCACACCAUCAAUUAAGUCAAGGACAAGGAUUGGCCUCAUCUCAAGGUCGCUCACAACAGGGAAGUCAUGGGCUAACUUCGCCUCAAGGUCAGCCACAACAGGGAGUGCCAACAUCAUCUCACAACAUGCAGACUUCACCAGGAAUACAGGCAACACAGAGUGGUGUGCAUUCUCCACAUGGGAUUCAGUCACCGCAUGGAUUACCCUCCCCACAUGGUUUACAAUCACCACAUAAUUUACAACAUGGAAAUUCCCAGGAGAAUUUACCAUCGCCACAUAGUUUACAGCUGGGAAAUUCUCAGAGAACUUUGCAGUCACCACAUAAUUUACAACCUGGAAACUCUCGGGAAAAUUUACAAUCUCCACACAAUUUACGGCUUGGAAAUUCUCAAGGAAGUUUACAGUCACCACAGAGUUUUCAGCCAGUGAAUUCCCAGGGAAGUUUACAAUCACCUCAAGGUUUCCAUCAAGGAAAUUCCCAGGGGAGUUUACAAUCUCCACAUGGUUUUCAGCUUGGAAAUUCCCAGGAUAGUGCACAGUCAUCAAAUGGAAGUGUGAAUUCUCUCUCUCCAAAUAUCAAUGCUCCUCUCAAUACUCAGAAUAUGAGUCAAGGACAGAGCUUUCAGACUUCCGUGAUGGAGCCAAGAGAUUCUUUUAGUGCUCUUAUGAAUGACGAAACUUUAUCCAAUAAUCUGUGGAAUUUCUCAGAAUUUGGAGGAUUGAGUGACUCUGACGGUACACUUUCUCAGGGUAGUGGUGUUAAUGGACAGCUGUCACAAAAAUCAACCGACCAGAUGUUUUACUCUCGGAGUCAGCCAAACUUCAGUACUCCAGGGGGGCAUAACCUGAAUUCUUCACAAGGACAGCUGAGUCAAUUCUCUCCAAACCAGCAGGGUAUGACCUCCACUCCAAUGGGGGUGUCUCCAAAUAGCCAUGUUAACAUGAAUGUACAGGGUGUAAAUCAGUCUUUGGGAGUUCAGUACAGUCAACCUAGCAACCAAGUGUUCCAAAAUUCUCAGGGAGGGGACUCCCAAGUGAAUUACCCAGAAUUCAGUGGGUUUUCUCAGCAAGGAGGAUUCUCUCAGCAGAUCGACCCACACACUUUUUCAAGUUCACAUUCAACAUAUCAUUCACAAACUAGUCCAAUGAAUAGCUCUGCACAAUCAAAUCCCAGUGGCCAUCUACCAAACAGUGCAUCAAAUGUAUCACAUUCUCCUAGUAGUGUGUUACCAAACAGAAAUUUCAGUGCUCAGAGUGAUUUCACUUCUGUGAAGAAUGUGAGUGCAGUUUCCACUAGUGCCAAUAAACUCCAUGGUAAUCUUAGACAUGUAGCGGGUGAAAGUAGUGAUCUCAGCCAGACACAGUACCCAUUGUCUGGUGGGAGUGUUACAUACAGUGGGGCUCCAAAUGGGGUUCAACAAAACGCAAGUAAUUCUAGUGGUUCAUCUUCCAUGACGUUUUCAAGAUCUCAUCCAGAUUAUCCAACAGGAUCAUUUCCUCAGAGUUUACCAAAAGUACAGGGCAGUGAGAGUUCUCAAAAUUCAUAUUCAUCACAUUCAUAUCCAGGAUCUCAAUCAAAUGGCCAGUUUACCAAUUCUCAGAAUAGCUUUAACAGUAGUAACUGGAGUGAAUCUGUAACUCAUUAUAAUAAUCAUCCUAAUGUUGGGUACAACCCCUCAGUUAUAAAUCCUUCCCAGGGUAAACCUCCUAAAACUCCAAAACGAAGAGGUCCAAAGAAAAAGUCAGAGGACAGCUCAGCAGGCAGCACCACAAGGAAAAAGCCUGCUAAAAAAUCUUCGCCAAAAUCUGUGAGUACUUUUGCCACAGUGACAACAGUUUCCAGUGGAGGGACCUCACUAGGAAGUGUGUUACAAAGGUCCACCUCAUUCCAGCCCCGGGGCCCCAUCCCAGGGGGAGGUAAUCUCCUGGAGAAACUCCUAAUGUCAAAUGAAAACGACAACAUAAAAUCUGAACCAGGAUCUAAGGCUUCAAGUAUUCCCUCCGAAAACACAUCCUCAAAAUCAUCAUUCCAUUCACCUGGUGAAACAAACAUUCUGAAACCUGCUGUUAGUUGUUCAGUGCAGCAGCCUACAGAUGUUGACAGAAUUUCUCCUCCAGAAACAAAAAAUUUUAUUCAUCCGCCAGUGAAAGGUGUUUAUAAUUCAUCUUCACAAUCAUUGAAUCAGACUGCAGGCCAACCACAGAUGACUAGUUCUGCCUUAACACAUUAUUUAUCUCCAUUCAGAGAGAGAACACCGGAGAGUGAUAAAUGGCCACAGAGGACGGCGUUAAAUCCCCUUGGUUCACUCUUCAGUCUGCAGGACUUAGUGACAAAUGUUCCACAGAAGACUCAGUUUGGACACGAUGUCCGUCAGAUCGCAACAGAUGGAAAACCUUACUCAUGUUCAGAGGCUGAACUUCAAAGUUACAUUCAAAAGAAUAUUGGUUUAUUGGAGUCCCCAGACACAGUGGGCGAAGCAGAGAGGACUACUGAGAGUGAAAUUCCCAUCAGAAAACCCACAAAUGUAUCUGAACUCAUAAGGAGUAAAGUGGAAACAGAAUCCAGGAAAAAGAGGUCAUUGUCUGCAACAGAAACUCCACCAAGAAGAAUUUCCACUCCAGGUGUUGGUGGAUAUCCUCCAAUGUCUGGCAUGGUUUCUCCUGGCAGAGAAAGAACUAUAUCAUUGUCCAGUACCAUCAGUAAUCAUUCCAUGCCUUAUGCAGAGUGUCCAAACAGAGGCUAUGUUGAGUGUUCAAACAGUGGCAGAUCCAUAUCAAAUAAUUCUAGUCAAGUUACUGCACCUGGUGCUGAAAUGAUAGUCAGUGAUAGGCCUUUAGUGUCAAGUUUCCGAGGUAACCUUCCUGUUGUAAACUCAGAUGGAGUGAGUCGAGACAGAGCUUUGUCUAUGUCCAGUAAUCCAGGGGGUGCAUCUGUCUCAAACACUGAGUUUUCAGCUCGAGCAAGAACAAUGUCUACCUCAAGCUCAAGUAGCAAUAGGACUGAAUUCACAAAAUCACUUAAGCAGAAGUCAGUCAACAGGCCUUCCUUGGUGCGAUCCUUUAGCACACCAGCUCCACAGAAAGUUGUUGAGGCUGUGAAAAGAAAACGAGGCAGACCUCGGAAGAUCCCGGUCCCUCCUGUUCCUGUGCAGCCUUCUAAGUAUACAUACUCCUUCACUGUUCCACCUCCUGUGUACAAGAAAGUUAAUUACAUUCAGCUCAAACACCGUCCACCCAGGGAAGGAGUUAAAGUUGUUCGUAUGCAUCCUAUGGAUGCUCGUAGAUACAGUUUGUUGAAAAUUGGAAGGGAAGUUGUUAAACUGAAAAAGCUUUCACACAAGGAAUUGGAAAAAGUGAAAUCCAUAACAGAAAGCAAAAUUCAAUCUAAGGUCCCUAAAAAGCCUUCUCAAAGGAGGAACACUGUGCCAUUUGUGGAUAAGAGUAAAAGAUACCCAAGUUAUGAAGAACUGAGAGUAGAAGUGGCCAAGUCAAAAGGAGCAACAAAAUUGGUGGCAGAAAGAGAAAGGACUUUCUCAGAGCUUUGGUGUAUAGAAGACCAGACUAAUGGGCCCCAACCGAUACAAAAAAUCACCCUGGCUUCUAUCAUUGACAAGGCCUUCAGCUCGUUGUCCUCCGAGGAGGAGUAUCAACCAAUGACCACAGGCUGCGAGGAGGAGGAACUGAAUGUAGGAAAGGAUCAGGAUCAGCCAAGUCCAGACGUCAUCCAGACACAGGGGGGGAAAGAAGAGCAGGCCAAACAGAAGACAGGGAUGUAUCAAGACCAGUUUUUUAAAUACCUCCAGCAGACCACUGACAUGCCAGUACCUGUAGAUGAGAAAUACAGGAAGAAUAGACAUGGACACAGUAAGCUGAAGGUCUCUGUCAGUAAAACUGCACGAAAGAAAAAGCUGUUAAAACUUCAUAAAAAGCUCCCUCUGGUGAUAGAUCCAGAUCAGGAGGAGUUACCCGAUCCUGUUCUAAAGGAUGUUAGUUUGACAGAAGCCUCGGAUGGUUCAAACACUCCAGUUCAAUCCCGGACACCGAUCACUGGUAGAAGUCCCAUCAGGCAUCAGCCAACUGGAGAGACAUACAGACUGUUUGAUUCCGAUGUCCUAGAUCCUCGGAUUAAGAGCAGCUCCGAAGACACAGACACCUCCACAUCAGAGAGAGAGGAGGUGGAUUGUCAUAAAGGUCCAGAUAAUUGUAGAGAUUCAGAGAAGGAAGAAGACACCGACAACUCCACAUCAGAGAGAGAGGAGGUGGAUUGUGAGAAAGAUCCAGAUAACUGUAAAGAUUCAGAGAAGGAAGAAGAACUGAGUGGUUACAAUGGAAAUAAUGAAGUGGAAACAUUCCAGGUGAAGGAAUGCACUUCACCACAAACUAACGUCAUUGAUUUAACAGAAUCUCAGUCUUCAUCAGAUUCCCAACUGAAUGUCCAAACAGGGGCAGAAAUGGAGAACAAUACUAAUAAUAGGAAAAGUUCAGAGCAAAUAUCAACAUCUCAGAAAAAGUCAGAAAUACUGCCGGGUCUUUCUUGUAAUAGUAAGGAUGAAAGUCAAUCAGCUUUAUCACAGAAAAAUGUAGGGAACACAGAGAAUUCAUCCUUGGUGGACGCGCAUGAAGCCAAUUUCAGUGAAAACGGGCAGACUCAUACAUCAAAAGAAAUUCUUAAUUUUUCUAUCGUUGAGAAUAAUGAAACAAGUGAGAAAUGUGUCCAAUCUCCCUCACAGGAAUCAACUGUAGGGAAUAACCCUACAGCUCAGAAAACAAAUGAGAAAUGUGUCCAGCAGGAAUUAGCUGUAGAGAAUAACCCUACAGCUCAGAAAACAAAUGAGAAAUGGGUCCAAUCUCCCUCGCAGGAAUUAGCUGUAGAGAAUAACCCUACAGCUCAGAAAACGAAUGAGAAAUGUGUCCAAUCCCCCUCACAGGAAUCAAUUGUAGAGAAUAACCCUACAGCUCAGAAAACAAAUGAGAAAUGUGUCCAAUCUGCCUCGCAGGAAUUAGCUGUAGAGAAUAAUCCUACAGCUCGGAAAACGAAUGAGAAAUGUGUCCAAUACCCCUCACAGGAAUUAGCUGUAGAGAAUAAUCCUACAGCUCGGAAAACGAAUGAAAAAUGUGUCCAAUCUCCCUCAGAGGAAUCAGGUGUAGAAAGUGGUCCCCCAAGUAACAAGAGCUCGGACCUAGAAAAUAUGCUCCCUGCGUCUGACAACAAAAGACCCCCUGAACCAGACAACAGCAGGAAGACCUCACAAUUUGAAGGUCAUAUGACAAGGUCAAGGUCCUCUAGUGAUAGUAGCUGCAGAAAGCACACAAAGGCUGAACAACUGAAAAACAAGAAAUUGAGUGAGUCUGAUAAAGAAAAAACGAGGAAAUCGGUUCGAAUUGGGCGCAGAGAACGAAAGAGGAAACAGGAAGUACCAGGUGUGGAUUACUUAGUAACAGGAAAGUUCAAAGGUCAUAAAAAAAUGACAGUUCAGCUAAAAAAGUUAAAUAUAUCAAAUGGAACUGUAGUCAAAUUAUCUCAAGUUUUCUCACUUAACUCACUGUUUCAGAAAAAUGGAUUAAGUCAGAACAAAACUGUUCAAGCGCCAGAGAUGGCUGCUCAUGAAUUGUUUUGUGACAAUAUCUUCGAAAAAUUUAAAUCCUUGCAAGACUCAAAAUUUUUCGGAAAUAUAGUUUCUGAUGAUUCAUCCAAAGAUUCCACUUAUUUUCAGCCGAGAAAAAGCCGCUUGUCCCUGUUAAGAAGAAGCCGACCAAACGAUGAUGUGAUCGAGAUCAGUAGCUCGGAGGACGAGGAUGGAUCUCCGGGUCUAGAUCUACAGCCUGUGAUAAACAGUGACUGGACUUCUAAUGAUUCUGUGAUAUUUAUAAACAAUGAGGACGAUGAUGAUGAUGAAAUGGAUGAUGGUAAAGAGAGUUGUGAAGAAAACUCUGUGCACAGUAGGCCGGUAAAAACUACUCCAAAAUAUGUCAAGAAGAAGAAAAAAUUGAGCAAGAGUCGUAAAAUUCAUACAGCCUUUAAUGGAGCGAGUUACAGGGCCAGGAAGAGGCGGACUCGCUCUCACUCUGGUAAACUAAUGACGAGUCUGUCUGUGCUACAUCAGGCGACCCUAGCUAAUCUGAUGGACGUGGCUCCAUCUUACUGCGACUCGACUGAUGACUACAGAACAAAGUAUGAAGACGCCUUGUAUACCAUGUCUCUUUAUUCACCCCCACCACCUGAGGAACUAGAAAAGUCCCCUCCCAGGCCCUACAGCCCUACAGAUCUAGGAGACAUUGACUCCUCACCAGAGAAAACAAAUGUGUUUAAUGAUCUACAUCAGGCUCUGAUGUCCGAUGAGGAGAGCAGAUCACCAGUUUACUCACCAAUCAAGACGUCACAGUUUGUGAGUGUUAAUGAAUCUCCCAUGAAGAAAGUCUCCACUUUGAAUUUAAGUGAUUUAGACUUAAGCAAUCAGACGAAUGUUGAAAGAACAGAAAAUAAAGGCUGUAUAAAAGAUAACAAGGCAGACGAGCUUAAAAGAGACACGGAUGAAGUAAAAGAGGAAGAUAUUCAAGUAAAAAUGGACAGAAAUUCAUUGAAAUCCUCAUUCCAAACAGAAAUACAGAGCAACAUUAGUGAGGAACAGUUAGAAAGUUUGAUCUCGGAGAAAUCAACAACAGGUCUGGUAUUCAAUGUGACAAAUAAAAUUCCAAAUUCCAGAGGACCAAAAAUUGGACCUUUACAUUUCAAACGUAAAGCUAUUGUAAAGUUGCAACCUUUAACAGAGAGAGAGAUAAAGCGGUACUGCUUUAAGACCAUCUGCUCUGGGAAGGAGAAUGUUCCCAUUAUUAGUGACAAUGAGAGCUUCUCUCCACCAGAUCUGGGCCCUCCUAUAAUUCCAGGGAAAUAUUCUAAGGAGGAUUCCAAAAGUCCACCAAAUCUUGUCAGAAAUGACCAGUUUAUUGAUUCAGAAGAAAGUGGAACACCUGAUAUCCUGGAAACCUGUGGAUCAGAUCAAAAUGAAGAGAGAACGCCAGUAGUCAAUGGGUCAGUAAAUAUCAUAUCCACUGUUAACUACAGAACAAGGAAAGGAACCAAUGAGAAAAAUCCUCCAAAGUCUGGGAACGGAGACACUCAGGCAGAGAAUCAUUCUAGUAUUAACCGAGGUACCCAACAAGAUGGUUGCUAUAGAAACCAAGAGAAGAUAACCAGGAAAAGGAAGCCUUCUCCACAAGGGCAGGGACAGAAAAUGUUCCGAUCAUUGUCACCGUCCAAAAGGAGAGUUCUGAGACCCAAGGAAGCCCCUCCCAGUAGACUUAGGGUAGAGAUGACCACCAGGCAGUACGGACUUCACACCGUGGUCAACCAGGAUGCCUUCUGUAGUAAUGCUGAUGAUGUGCCCGAAAAACCAAGGGAGGUGGGUGGGAGACUCCUUACUCUACAGUCCAAUAGGGUGACAGGGUUGAUGGAAUACCUGAGCACAGUGGCCUGUGAAGGACUCUCCACCAUCAGACAAAUUCUGGCCACUACUGAUCGCAUUCUACCCUCACAGACAGACAAUCAAACCCUCAUGGACUCCAUCACAAAAGACCACACCCUCAGGUGCUCAGUGCUCGGUGACCGAUUGGUUACCAUGGUACCCUGUAAACAAUCUCCUUCCUCGGCUAGUGUGAGGUCUUGGCUAGAGAAGAAAGAACUAUACAGGCAACAGAAGAUGAAGGAAAAGUCUGGGAAAAGUCAGAAAAGUGACUCCCUAGAAAAAGGAAAACAAUACAGUGACUCCCAGGAGAAUGGGAAAUCAGUUGAAUUUACUAAGAUAGUGACACUUACCCCAGCUCAGCAGAGAGGGGGUGAUUUAGGCAUAAACAUUACUGCAACACCGAAACAAAGAUUUCUUACAAGAGAAGUUAGCUUUAAUGAGACAACUGAAAUAUUUCAUGUUGAUGAUGAUAGUUUUUCCCCAGUAAAACAAAAUGGUGAAUCAAGUAUGUGUUUAGAAAAUACACAACCACCUUGUCAGGAGAGGGAAUCAGAUUCGGUGUUUAAAUCCCAUGACUCGGACGAUGAGAAUAUAAUCAGUCCAUCCCCUCCUCAGCAGACAAUCUCAUUCAGAAGAAAAGAAAACAUCAUAAGCCCCUCUCCACCCAAAACAAUGAUAAGAAAAGAAGACAUCAUAAGCCCCUCCCCACCCAAAACAAAAAUGAUGAGAAAAGAAGACAUCAUAAGCCCCUCUCCACCCAAAACAAUGAUAAGAUCAAUCAGAAAGGAUUCUCAACAGUUGGGAAAAUCUCUGACAUCCAGAAUGAGACUUAGUCAAAUGUCAUCUGCAACAGUUGCAAAAAAGCAGUCAUGUGAUUUAGUACGGAGAAAUCUGAUUGGUUCAUCACAUAGCACUCCAGUUUCAGCACGUGAUCAAAAAUCCCUACUAGAAGGGAUCAAUGUGACUCCAAUCUCUGGCAAUGUAGACAUAGAGGAGAAAGUGAAAUUAAAUAUAGAGACUUCUGGAGUAUUUCAGACCCCACGUCGAGUAACAUUACCCAGGAAACAGUCCAUAGAAAAAGGAGAUCCCAGACGAUCACUGAUGUCCUCAGCUGAAAUGAGGGAGAUGGCAACCCCCACAAAUUCUAAAGGAAAUGUGUCUCAAAUCGACGGCCCCACCCCGAAGAAUUCAUUUGGUUUCAAAGUCAGUCAGCACAAUCUGCAGGAUGCCAAGGCACUUCAUGAGGUACAGAACCUCACUGUGUUGAGUCUGGAGCUACAUGCCGAGACACGACGGGACUUGAUGCCUGACCCUGAAAUCGACCCCAUUGUCGCUGUCUUCUACAACAUUCUUAAUGAUGUGUCCGCAGAGGACAAAAAAUGUGACAUCACAGGGGUCAUACUUGUGGACAGGAAGUCCAAAGAAAGCCAGGAAGCCUUGAAAAACAAAUCAACCACCACCCAACCCACAUCUCCACAGCCAUCCAUGUCACAUGACACAGGGUCAAAGGUCAGAUCCUCCGAUCAACCUUCAACCUCUUACCAGCGAUCCCCCUCCCCACAACCCUCUACAUCAAGUCACCCUGCUCCAUCACAAAAAGGGAAGAGGUCAAGGUCACGAAGCCCCUCCCCCAGACCAGUUUGUAAGGUGCCUAAGGCAUCUGAUAUAGAAGAUACUGUGCUGCAGAAAUCAGGCGUGAAUGAAGACUUAGAAGUCACUUAUGUGGAAAAUGAGGAGGAACUGUUUCAAGAAAUUCUCAAGCUGUUCUCCAAGUGGGACCCAGAUAUUCUGGUCGGGUUUGAGAUUCAGAAGUUUUCUUGGGGUUACCUAUUGCAGCGAGCUUCACAUCUAAGUGUUAACCUGUGUGCCCAAAUGUCUAGGAUACCAGAUGAGAAGAGGAAGAGUAGUUUUAAGGCUGAGAGCGAUGAGUGGGGGGCGGACCACUCCUCUGAGAUCCACCUCGCAGGACGUGUGAUCCUUAAUCUUUGGAGGAUCCUAAGACAUGAGGUGACCUUGAACAUUUACACAUUUGAGAAUAUAGCCCACCAUGUUAUUCACAAGAGAGUCCCUCAUUACAGCUUUCAGACUCUCAAUUCCUGGUUCAAACAUAGAACUCACCUCUACAGGUGGCGCUUCAUCAGGUACUACUUAAUUCGAGUACAGAGUAACUUAAAAAUCAUAGACCAGCUGGACUUGAUAGGAAGGACGAGUGAGUUUGCUAGAGUUUUUGGGAUCGAGUUUUAUCAUGUUCUCUCCAGAGGCUCACAGUAUCGUGUGGAGUCUAUGAUGUUGAGGUUGGCCAAACCUAUGAAUUUUAUUCCGGCCUCCCCCAGUGUUCAGCAGAGAGCCCGUAUGAGGGCCCCUGAGUGUAUCCCCCUGACCUUGGAGCCCGAGUCUCGGUUCUAUGCUGACCCUGUGGUUGUCCUUGACUUCCAGUCCUUGUACCCCUCCAUUAUGAUUGCCUACAACUACUGCUUCUCCACUUGUGUGGGGAGACUAGACUUCCUGGAGAUAGCUCAUGAGGGCCCAAUAGAAUUUGGAUGCACUCAUCUUAGAAUCUCUCCUAAAACCCUUAAUAGGAUAAAGAAUGAUGUUACUGUGUCUCCCAAUGGAGUGGUGUUUGUAAAGGAACACGUCAGAAAAGGAAUCAUCUCCAAAAUGGUUGAAGAAAUUCUGAACACUCGUAUUAUGGUUAAGAAAUCGAUGAAAGAACACAAAGAUGAUAAAGGCUUGUAUCGCCUCCUUGAUGCUCGACAAAUGGGACUUAAACUUAUCGCCAACGUUACUUACGGUUACACAGGGGCUAACUUCUCAGGGAGAAUGCCAUGUAUUGAGGUGGGAGACAGCAUUGUAAGGAAGGCACGGGAGACCUUGGAACGAGCGAUCAGACUGGUGGAGGAUAGGCCGGAGUGGGGGGCAAGAGUUGUCUAUGGUGAUACAGACAGUAUGUUUAUUGAGAUGAAGGGUAAGAGCAAAGAGGAAGCCUUUAACAUCGGACAUGAAAUCUGUGACGCUGUGACAGCUAUGAAUCCAAAGCCAAUCAAACUGAAGUUUGAAAAGGUAUAUUAUCCCUGUGUCUUACAAACUAAGAAGCGAUAUGUGGGUUACAGUUUUGAGACGGUGGACCAGAAAGAACCCGUGUUUGAUGCCAAAGGGAUAGAGACGGUCAGACGAGACUCGUGUGCAGCGGUAUCCAAGAUUCUGGAGCGUUCUAUUAAGAUUCUCUUUGGCUGUAAGGAUGUAUCUAAAGUAAAGGAGUAUGUGUUACGUCAGUGUCAAAAAUUCAUGGAAGGAAAAGUUACCAUGCAGGACUGUAUAUUUGCGAAGGAGUACCGAGGAAUGAAGGGUUAUAAGCCUGGAGCGUGUGUCCCUGCCCUGGAGAUAGCAAAGAAGUUACUGAGGCAUGACAGGCAAGCUGAGCCCCGUACUGGGGAGCGAGUUCCGUACGUGAUUAUUUACGGCAGUCCUGGACUUCCAUUGAUACAGUUGGUUCGGCAGCCACAUGAGGUCCUAGCUGACCCGUCCCUGAGACUAAAUGCCACAUAUUACAUCACAAAACAGAUACUGCCUCCACUAGAUCGCCUCUUCUCCCUUCUGGGGGUGGACGUGUUCUCCUGGUAUAAUGAUAUGCCAAAAGUUGUGCGAGUUGUGCCCUCUUCUCUCCUUGCGCCUGACCAGAAAAAAGGAACUAUUUCUCAGUACUUCUCAGCCACCAAUUGUCCGGUUUGUGACAGACAGACCAAUCAGGCAAUCUGUAACAUCUGUAUUAAGGAUCCUCAGAAUGUUUGUGUCACCCUCUGUGAUAGGAUCAGGAAAUGGGAGAAGAUUUACUCUGACCUGGUGAAGGUGUGUAAUACUUGUAUGGGGGCUCAGGAUGAGAAUCAGCCAUGCGUAUCACUGGACUGUCCAAUCAUGUUCCGACGUGUUCUAGCCAAACAGGAUGUGCAAAAAGGGACACAACUUCGGGACGUUGUCAACAAAGUAUUGGAUUUUUGAUUUUGGCUACCACUUAAGUUACUUCAUUGCAUGAGACAUAACUAAUACUGGACUAUUUACAGUAAUACUGGACUUGUGUACUGUAAAUAAUGGACUAUGUACAAAAAUACUGAACUUAUAUACAUGUACAGUAAAUACUGGACUAUUUCCAAUAAUACUGGACUUAUUUACAGUAAAUACUGGACUAGUACUGAACAAAAAUACAAUUCACUGGGCAUAUGUAGUAUGAAUAUUGGAGUGCACAGUACAUGGAAUAUAACUGGAGUAGUGUAAAACCAGAUUAAUGUACUGGAUUAGUAUAAUUGGGCACUUUAUACACGGCCAGUAUCAUUCUAAUUUAUAAUUUACGGGAUGGUUACAGUGAAAUACUUGGCCAGUAUAAUUCUAAUUUAUGAUUUACAGGAUGGUUACAGUGAACAUGGUGAAAUACUUGGCCAGUAUAAUUGUAAUUUAUAAUUUACUGAACGAUUUACAGUGAAUGUUUUGUAUCUGUAAGGGUAAAAGUUGACUCAUGAAAAAAAAAGUCCUGGAGAAAUUUUACUUCAUGAAAAUACAGUAUUUCCUGUUUAAUGGACCAGGUGAUGAGGAGCCCAUCUUCUGUGCCUUAAGAAUUUAUGAUGAUAGAUUAGCCUCCAUAUCACAGACCCACUCCCAGCUCUGUAAUUACAUCAUAUCACCAUUUCUUCAACAGUAAUGACUAACAAUUGUUUCAGUAUACUUAUAAAUCAUCAGUGAUUUUAAGUUUAUUUCAGAAUUGGUGGCAUUCCAAUAUUUUUUUCAAAUAUUUUACCUUUGGCCAUGGAAAAUUGUGCCUCGUAUUGUUUUAAAGAUUUCAGAAAAAAAAAUGCAAUGAUUUCACUGAAAAUGUUAAAAAAAUAAUUACAAUCUUAGACAAGUGAACAAGGAGUUUACAUAUCUUUUGGAUUAUGCACUAAUCUUCUCUUUGCUCACCUUUUUCCAACAUAGUGUUUUUUCCCCAUCAUUUAAAGCAGUUUGGGAUGAUGAAAAACUUUUCAUUCAAGGUAGUGCUGUGAAUUUCGGCAUUUGGUGUAUUUACUUGCUCAAGCCAUCUGUGUACCAUUUUGUUGCCAUGGUUCUGGUCUCCAUGACGAUUGACUGUGAUAUUUAUGCAGCUAUUAACCUUGUAUAUAUAGAAAUUGUAGGUGCUUAUUGUACAAACAUGCUGAUAUGUAGCCAUAGAGUCUAUAUUUGUGAAUGAUUAUUUGUGCCCUUUCUUUAAGGAGACAGAUUUAUUAGUUUUAAAACUGGUAUUUUUCUUUUUCUUCAAGAUCUCAAAUAAAUACUAUUAUAAAAUGCAUGGAACUUUCAUAUAAAUAAAAAUUUGCUAAGUAGAAUCCUCAGCAUGAUGUUUUAUUUUUUCAAGUCUUUCUUAUGUUUGUUAGUAAUUUAAAUAUUAAUGAAAGUGACUCUGUUUUGUUGCCUAUUUCAUAUGUUUAUAGACUUGUUAUAUAGUAGUUUGUUAGCUUUUGUUGUUUAAGAGAUUUAAAUGAUUGACAAUUGAGAAUUAUUGAUGUGUUUAAACUGCUGUAAUUUUAAAAUUACUUCCCUUUGCAGAACUCUUCUUAGGAAAAAAAAGGUUGCAUAGAGACAACUAUUAAAAUUUCUGAGCAUGGUUUAUAGACUUGUACACAGACAAAGCUAAAUUCAGUGAAAUGUUUUUGACAAAAUGUUUAUGUUAAUAUAAACUCCUGAAAAGGGGGACAGAAGGGGAGGAUUAUGUCCAUUUUCUACCCCCUCCCCCAAACGGGUCCUCAGAAAAUUUUCUUUUUUUUGCUACGCGGACUGACUUAUUUUUAUUUUAACUUUCAUCAUUUAAAGUCUACAAGGCCAAGUCUUGUCAUAAGAGAUAUCGGAUGCAAAAGAAACCUCUCGACCAUAAAUUAGAAAAAGUGACCAAAGAUGGGAUACUGUGAGUGAACUAUUCCUAAUGGAAGACUAGAAAAAAGGAAAAAGAAACAAAUGUUUCAUUUCCUGUUAGAUAAUUCCAAAAGAGUUCUAAGAAGGGAAGUAACUGUGAAAGUUCAAUUUUGUAUUGUGUAAAUAUGUAAAAUUAUGAUUAUGUAUGUAGUAUAGUUGAUGUGAAUAUUUCAAAAACAGAAUGCUGAUUAUAAUUAAAAUCAUGAUACUAUGUUAGAGAAUCAGGGAUUGCUCAAUGCUUUACGUGCAAUGGUGUACAAAGUAGACAAGUUUUAUUGCAUUAGGUUUUAUAUGUUAAAUGUCAGACUUACCAAUGGAGAAAGAAAUGUUGUCAUCGAAGAUAAAACACUGCCAAUAAAAGUACUUAAAAUACUUCUUAA